AUGCCGACACUCGCUUUGAUCAAUUUCAAUAUCGUCUGUGCAACCCUUGGAGGAUUUAUUUCCCUCUUUGGACUGGUUUCAUACCUAUGCAAAGAGAGAUUCUACCUAUCUGAAGCAUUGAUCUCUCUCUUGGCAGGAGUGGUCUUCUCUCCUCAUGCAGCCAAUUUUAUUAGACCGGAGGAUUAUGCCUUGCACUCUGCUCAGAACCUCGAGGCGAUCACGCUUCAUUUCACCCGUCUGGUUCUGGGCGUGCAACUAGUCCUUGCUGGCGUGCAGCUUCCCAAGCGCUAUCUCCAGAUUGAAUGGCGAAGUCUGUCCCUGCUGCUGGGACCGGGGAUGGCUGCGAUGUGGAUGUGCAGCAGCUUAAUCAUCUGGGCCAUGGUUCCGAACUUUCAGUUUCUCCAUGCCCUGAUUAUAGCCGCAUGUGUGACGCCGACGGAUCCCGUUCUGUCCAAUUCCAUUGUCAAGGGCAGGUUUGCAGAUAAACAUGUUCCGCGUUCCCUGCAGCGUAUUAUUGUUGCUGAAUCCGGGGCCAAUGAUGGUCUUGGCUAUCCGUUUCUUUUCUUCGGAAUAUAUCUGCUCAAGUACACUGGAAUGAAUGGAGCUGGAUACAGUGGAUCGGCCGGGAAGGCCAUCGGAUUAUGGCUCUACGAGACCUGGGUAUAUACCAUCUUACUCAGUAUUGUCUACGGCACUGUGGUGGGCUAUAUUUCUCGGAAGUUGCUUCACUGGGCAGAAGAGAAGCGUUAUGUUGACCGAGAAAGUUUUCUGGUUUUUGCCAUCGCACUCGCUCUUUUCGUGGUGGGAACCUGUGGCCUUAUUGGGACAGAUGAUCUUCUCGCUUGCUUUAUUGCUGGAAACGUGUUCACACAGGACGAUUGGUUUCGUCUCGAGACUAUGGAUGAUUCGCUUCAACCGACCAUUGAUAUGCUUCUCAAUUUGUCGGUUUUCAUGUGGUUUGGAGCGGUUUGCCCAUGGUCCUCAUUCCUGAACAACGACGUCAUUUCCAUUUACCGACUUAUUUUCUUGGGAAUUCUGAUUCUACUGGUGCGUCGCAUGCCGAUCGUCUUUGCAAUGCACAAGUACAUACACCAGAUUGAAGAUCUGUCUCACGCGGCUUUUGUUGGAUUCUUUGGUCCAAUUGGCGUUGGUGCCAUCUUCUACCUUUCUAUCAGCCGGGAGUUCCUUCGGGAAAUCGUCGUUGAUGGUAAGAUACGUGAAGACGCACAAAAGGUCAUGGACGCUGUGGAGAUUAUUGUGUGGUUCUUGGUGAUCUGCAGCAUUGUAGUACACGGACUUUCCGUUCCCGUCGGAAAAGCAGGCUAUCACUUGCCACGCACUAUCUCCAGUGCCAUCAGUACUAGUGGUGCUGAUGAGCCUGAUGCUGUGCCGAUUUCGAACGUUCCACACACUCAUAGUACUGCGAUGCCCCAUACUGAUGCUGCCGACCCAAGUUCCCGAACUCGCAAGCGGGGUGCACAGCGUGAAUCGCCACAUCCGCCAUUGUUUCGGAUUGGUCGUACGGUCAUCCGUCCGCGGUCGCCUUCGAGUCAGCUUCAGCCUGGUGUGGGGCAGGAUGAUGAGCCUGAAAGGCCUGUGAACCUGGUUCUUCAUGAACCGGCGAGCGGAGUGCGUGAUGCGCACGAGGACUCAUCUGUGCCAACUUAA